AUGGAUGUGGCAGUUAAUACCCGGGAAGGCACCAAGCGAAAAGCUUCGGAGGACGGAUCCUCAGCGCGCUCCAAGAAAGCGCGGACCGAAUCUCCUGUCUUCGACGAAGUUUCAAAGCACGAAGAGUCCGAUGUCGAUCCUCCUAUAACGCCUACACCGGUCGAUUUUCCCGACAAGCCUGCAGUCAUCGAGGAGAAACAGGGGCUCAUCGAGUUCCGAGUGGUCAACAACGACAAUUCGCGCGAAAGCAAUAUCAUCCUCACCGGGUUGAAAUGCAUCUUCCAGAAGCAACUGCCGAAGAUGCCCAAGGACUACAUCGCGCGACUCGUGUAUGACAAGACGCACCUCUCGAUCGCCAUUGUCAAGCAGCCCCUGGAGGUUGUUGGUGGGAUCACAUACAGACCAUUCAAUUCGCGGAAGUUUGCCGAGAUUGUCUUUUGCGCGAUCUCGUCAGAUCAGCAAGUCAAGGGCUACGGCGCCCAUUUGAUGGCACAUCUGAAGGACUAUGUCAAAGCGACCUCUCCUAUCAUGUACUUCCUCACUUACGCAGACAAUUACGCCAUCGGCUACUUCAAGAAGCAAGGGUUCACCAAGGAAAUUACAUUGGACAAGUCGAUUUGGAUGGGUUACAUCAAAGAUUACGAAGGGGGGACAAUCAUGCAAUGCAGCAUGUUACCGAGGAUCCGGUACCUUCAGGUUCCUCGCAUGCUACAGAAGCAGAAAGAAGCGGUCAUGGCGAAGAUACGGGCUGUGAGCAAGUCGCAUAUUGUCCAUCCACCACCGGCACAGUGGAAGAACGGUAUCGUCGAGAUUGAUCCCAUGUCCAUUCCCGCAAUUAAGGAUUCAGGCUGGUCUCCAUCGAUGGAUGAACUCUCUCGCCAACCGCGCCAUGGUCCCAACUACAAUCAACUUCUCCAUCUGCUUAACGACAUGCAGAAUCAUACGGCCGCGUGGCCCUUUGCUCAACCCGUCAACAAGGAUGAGGUCCCGGAUUACUACGAGGUUAUUAAGGAGCCCAUGGACCUGUCUACCAUGGAGGACCGCCUACAAAAUGAUCUCUACCCGCGGCCUGAGGACUUCAUCCGAGACGCGAAGCUCGUUUUCGAUAAUUGUCGCAAGUACAACAACGAAAGCACGCCCUACGCAAAGAGCGCCAACAAGCUUGAGAAGUUCAUGUGGCAGCAGAUCAAGAACAUUCCGGAGUGGUCGGUGAGUAAUCUUCGGUCUUCGAGAGAGGGUAUCAUAUACUGA